GUUGGUUCUCGGCCUCUCAGUCGGGGCUGAGUGGCCCUGGGUUUCUGAGGAGACCGCUUCCUGAGCUAGAGGAUGGCACUCUCAAACACAGUCUCCCAGAAGGCGAAAUUAAAGCGGAAGGCUCCCCGCAGUUUUCUCAAGAGGGUUUUUAAGCGACAGAAACCACACCUUCGACUGGAGGCGCGUGGCGACCUGCUGGUUCAUCUGAACUGUUUACUCUUUGUUCAUCGAUUAGCAGAGGAGUCCAGGACAAAUGCUUGUGAGAAUAAAUGUGGAGUCAUUAACAAGGAUCAUGUACUGGCUGCUGCAAAGGUAAUUCUGAAGAAGAGCAGAGGCUAGAAGUCACAGAACAGUGUCUUGAAAUACCAUGUGUUAGUCUGGGUGGUAACAGGUCAUAAGAGCAUUUCCUCUGGAUCAGUUUAUAAUAUGGAUUACUGAAAUACUGGGUAGUACAACAGAACUUGAUUUGUGUAUUUUGCUGGGGUUUCAAUAUUUCAAGUAAAUGCUUAAGUCUUUUUUGUUUCA